GUCGGUAAUUGACGUUAAGUGGUCAUUUCCAGUUUAUCAUUGCAGCAGAACAGUUCUAAUCUUCCGUAAAACUUUCAAUUGUCACAUAAUAUUCAUUUGUUCAUUUUCGUUUGCUGUUGUUCAAUAGUGACAUACGAUCGAAUUUGAGCACUGAAUGUAUUGUUCAGCAAAAUGGACGAUCAACACGAACUACCGCCAGAUAAAGAUGAAUCGGGUGGAGUACCAUUCAAUCAUAGACCAUUUGAUGAUUCAAUUUUGAGCGCAAGUGAAAUCAAACGAGAACUGAUUGUGAAAGAAGAGCCAUUCGAUGUGGAUGAAAAUCUGAAGCUGGUGACAGGAGCAUACACGACCGCUUGGCCAUUCGGCGAUUCGAUUGAAGUUGAAAGGGAGUUCAAAGUCGAAAACAAGAAGGAAAUAGCCAACAUAUUGUUCGAAAAGAGCUCCACACAGGAUGAACUUGAUCAGAAGGUUGCGAUGAUACCAGUCGAUGCUAAGCCACCGAAGUUAUGUGCGACCAAUAAGGUAGUGAAAUCCAAAAACCUUCAUGGUGAAAAGAAGACGGGUGCAGCUAGCACUGGAAUAAAGCACUACCAAUGUUCAUCGUGUGAGUACAAAACUUCGGAUAAGUCCGGUUUUGAAAGACACAUGAGAAAAUACACCGAGGAAAAACCGUUUCCGUGCACUCAUUGCCCAAAACAAUUCACACAGAAAGCGAGUCUUCAGUAUCAUAUGCGACUACACGUCGAUGAAUUCCUAUUCAGUUGUUCAAAUUGUUUGAAAGGUUUUUCUCAGAACAGCGAAAAAUUGGCGCAUGAAGCGAUCCGCAACAUUUGUCGUUACGAGUGCUUUUUGUGCAAGGAAUUCACAAGUUUUUCUAAAUCAAAUUUGAAAGGACACAUGUGUACGCACGCUGGUGAAAAACCAUUCCAUUGCGAUCAUUGUUCAAAGACGUUCACGCGACCAGAAAAUCUAAAAACACACAUGAAGAUUCACACCAAUCCUCCUCGUCCACCAAAAUUCAAGUGUUCAAUUUGCUGCGUGAGUUUCACACUACCUACGGAAAAGGCAACACAUGAAGCCAAAUGCAAGAGACGUCGGUACGAAUGUUAUCUAUGCCAGAGUUUUAUUUGUUCAAGGAGACGAGAAUUGGAGGGGCACAUUCGAGCAAAUCACACUGGUAACAAUCCUUUCCAAUGUGAACUCUGUUCAAUAUGUUUCGCAUACAAAUCGAAUUCAAAGCGCCACACAAAAUUCCACAAGUAACAUCUAAGCUGAUGUGCAGGAAAAAAAUAAAUAAGCGGAAAUAUCAUUGAAAUGGAAUAAAAUACACUGAUUUUGCGCCGAGAAGAAAUAAAUACAGAAAAAAUGUCCAUAAUACAAA